AGUCCUUUCGAUCCAUCCACACCUGGAGAGAGACUACUGCAGCGUGUUCUUUCUUCUCUUCCAAAAUCCAUUCCCUUCUACACCUUUUCUUUGCCUAUUCUCUCCCUUUUUCAUUUUUCAUAUUCCUACUCUUCAAUUCACGAACGGGGAGGGAGGAACUCGUCGGUGGCUUCCAAGGAAAGAGGGGAUUUCCUAGACGCAAUUUGCGAAGUGUGGACCAACUUUAUUAUGUUUCGAUGCUAGUUUUAAGCUUUCGUUUUCGUUGUUGGUUAAUGGGUAAUCUUAAUUUUCGAUUGAUUGAUUGAUUGCCUGAUUUUUCCUUGUUAGGAUUAUGAAUUGAUGAAACGCUUUAGAGUGUUUUUAAUUUCUUACUUUGGAUAUUUUUCUUGAAUGGUGUUUGUGUGCUUUGCCAAAUGUCUGUUUCUCAGGUGUACUAACCUCUUCGUCAUUAUUAAUUAUGUAGUUAUACAUAUGGGUGGUUGGGAAGAAGAAAGUCAAGGGGUGUGUUUAUGAGGGUAGUUUGGAAAGAAAAAAAAACAUGGGGAAUGAAUAAGUAAAAUUGGGUGUGUAAAAAGUCAGGCCUUGUUCAUGUAUUGUGAGACCCAAGAUUUUGAUGGUAGGGAUUUGGGUAAACGCCCUUUGUCGUGGGACGCUAUUUGCAGUAAUGGCGAAAACAAACAAGUCGCAAGAAGAAAUUGCGUGUGAAGCUAUUAAACACGCUUUGAAGGCACUGCGGAAGCGCCAUUUGCUUGAAGAAGCCGCUCAUGGUCCCGCUGUUCUAGCUCUUUCUAGACCCUUUGUUUCUCAGGGCUCUGAAUGGAAAGAGAAAGCAGAGAAUCUUCAAGUGGAACUUCAGCAUUGCUACAAAGCUCAAUCUCGGCUGUCUGAGCAACUUGUUGUGGAAGUAGCUGAGUCCAGAGCUUCAAAAGCGUUGGUUCAAGAGAAAGAAAUUGCAGUUGCUGAUUUGCAAAAGGAAUUGACCGAAUUGAGGGAUGAGUGCUCUCAAUUAAAGGAAGACUUGGAAGAAAAGUUUAAAUCUCUAGAAGUGCUUGUUAGUGAGAAUACUGAACUUAAAGCCCAACUGGAGCAGAUGACUACUAAAGCAAAUAAAGCUGAAGCUGAGAAUAAGAUGUUGAUUGACCGCUGGAUGUUGGAAAAGAUGAAGGAUGCUGAACGCCUAAACGAGGCUAAUGCACUAUACGAAGACAUGGUCGAGAAACUAAAGGCCAGUGGCUUAGAGCAACUUGCAAGGCAGCAGGUGGAUGGCAUAGUUCGCCAAAGUGAAGAAGGUGCUGAGUUUUUUUUAGAGUCAAACAUUCCUUCCACAUGUAAAUACAGGCUUCGUGCACAUGAAGGUGGUUGUGCUUCCAUGUUGUUUGAGUACAAUUCCAGUAAAUUGAUUACUGGGGGACAGGAUCGCUUAGUUAAAAUGUGGGAUACAAAUACCGGAUCCUUAUCUUCUACACUUCAUGGCUGCCUUGGCUCAGUAUUAGAUCUCACUAUCACCCAUGAUAAUCGAUCUGUCAUUGCUGCAAGCAGCUCGAACAACUUGUAUGUAUGGGAUGUCCACUCAGGCCGUGUCCGUCAUACCCUUACUGGCCACACAGAUAAAGUUUGUACUGUUGAUGUGAGCAAGAUUUCAAGUCGUCAUGUUGUCAGUGCUGCUUAUGACCGUACCAUAAAAGUUUGGGACCUAGUGAAAGGUUACUGCACUAACACAAUCAUUUUUCACAGCAACUGCAAUGCUCUCUCCUUCAGCAUGGAUGGUCAGACCAUAUUUUCAGGACAUGCUGAUGGUAAUCUUCGGUUAUGGGCCAUUCAGAGCGGAAAGCUACUCAGCGAGGUUGCUGCACAUACAUCUGCAGUUACAUCAAUAUCCCUUUCUCGAAAUGGAAAUUUUGUACUGACCAGUGGAAGGGACAAUUUGCAUAAUUUGUUUGACGUGCGAUCUCUUGAAGUUUGUAGCACACUAAAAGCGGCAGGAAACAGAGUUGCUUCUAACUGGAGCCGCUCCUGUUUUAGUCCAGAUGACAAUCACGUUGCUGCUGGGUCUGCCGAUGGAUCUGUGUAUAUUUGGUCAAUUUCUAAAGGUGAUAUAGUCGGUACGCUCAAGGAACAUACUUCUUCUGUUCUAUGUUGUACGUGGAGCGGGAUCAGAAAACCCCUAGCUUCAGCUGACAAGAAUGGGGUAGUUUGUGUCUGGACAUAAUGGCCUUUUGCAUACACUCUGCUUUGAUUCCACUAAAAUUGAAAAAGGCUUCAAUAUAUAUAUGCAAGGAAGUGUGUGCUAUGGCUCAGUUGACUGCCUCAAUUCUUCAUUUCUGUUUUAUGUUCAUACAAGGUAUAUUAUCAACCAUGAAUAUUCCAUUUUUAACGAAGUUUCAUUUAAACUGGUCUCAGGGAUUAUUUGGAUGAACUUCUUCACAAUAACUUUUAGGAGAGAAAAAUAAGAAAACAAUUUAGAAUUUAUUUUUCUAUUUAGCUAAAAUUAGCUUAUAUAGGUAAGUUGAUUUGUAGAAAGUUUCUUAUAUGAUUUCCUCAAAUCAUUUGUGUAUAAGUACAUUUAAUUUGUCAUGAAGUUAAUUUCAAUUUCUUCUUUAUUUUGAG